AUGGCGGAACAAAUCAGCAAGAACUUUGAGACGCUUCAGCUCCAUGCUGGCCAGGAGCCUGAUCCCACCACGAACGCACGCGCCGUGCCCAUCUACGCUACAACUAGCUUCACAUUCAAUGACUCUGCCCACGGCGCGAGGCUGUUUGGCCUCAAGGAGUUUGGCAAUAUUUACUCGAGAAUCAUGAACCCUACUGUCGACGUCUUCGAGAAGCGAAUUGCCGCCCUGGAAGGUGGUGUCGCCGGCCUCGCCGCCUCGUCCGGCCAGAGUGCGCAGUUCAUCACCAUCAACACGCUCGCCCACGCCGGCGACAACAUCAUCUCGACGUCGAACCUCUACGGCGGCACGUACAACCAGUUCAAGGUCUUCCUGCCGCGCCUGGGCAUCCAGACCAAGUUUGUCAACGGCGACGACCCGGAAGAGAUUGCGGCCCUGAUCGACGAUAAGACCAAGGCCGUCUACGUCGAGAGCAUCGGCAACCCGCGGUACAACGUGCCGGACCUCGAGGCCAUUGCCAAGGUUGCGCAUGCUAAGGGCGUACCUCUUGUUGUCGACAACACCUUUGGCGCCGGCGGCUACUUCAUCCGGCCGAUCGACCACGGCGCCGACAUCGUCGUGCACUCGGCGACCAAGUGGAUCGGCGGCCACGGCACCACCAUCGGCGGCGUCAUCGUCGACAGCGGCAAGUUCGACUGGGGCGCCAACGCCGCGCGCUUCCCGCAGUUCAACGAGCCCUCCGAGGGCUACCAUGGGCUCAAGUUCUGGGAGACCUUUGGCGCCAUCUCCUUCAUCAUCCGCGCGCGCGUCGAGAUCGUGCGCGACCUCGGCGCCUACCUCAACGCCUUUGCCGCCCAGCAGCUGCUGCUCGGCGCCGAGACGCUGUCGCUGCGCGCCGAGCGCCACGCGCAGAACGCGCUGGCGCUGGCGCAGUAUCUCGAGAAAAGCCCCAAGGUCAGUUGGGUGAAGUACCCGGGCCUGCCGAGCCACCCGUCGCACGAGACGGCCAAGAAGUACCUGAAGAGGGGGUUUGGUGGUGUGCUGAGCUUCGGCGUCAAUGGAGGCGUGGAGGAGGGCGCCAAGGUGGUGGACAGCUUCAAGCUCAUCUCCAACCUGGCCAAUGUUGGUGAUGCGAAGACGCUGGCCAUUCACCCGUGGUCCACGACUCACGAACAGCUCUCGGACGAGGAAAAGGCCAACUCUGGCGUCACCGAGGAUCUCAUCCGUAUCUCGGUCGGUAUCGAGCACAUUGAUGAUAUCAUCGCCGACUUUGAGCAGUCCUUCACUGCGGCGGGCAUUUAG